AUGAGCUGCGCUCUUUUGAGUUACAAGAUCAAGGCCACGUGUUACUCCUCCAGCUCACAUAUGGAUUUGACUCAGAUCCCUUUUUUCGUCCUUCCCUUCUCUCUCUCCCCCCCUCUCCCCAUCCCUUUUCCCAUCAUCUCCCCCUUCACCUCCCCCCUCCACUCCCCCCCUUCCCCUCCCCCUUCCCCUCCUUCCCCCCCUCCCCCCCCACCCCCCCCACCCCCACCCCCCCGUUCUCUUCCCUUCACCCCCGCUCCCCUCCUUCCCCACCCCGGCUUCCUUCCUUCUACCCCCGCUCUCCUCCUUCCCCACCCCGGCUUCCUUCCUUCUACCCCCGCUCUCCUCCUUCCACCCUUCUCUCUCCUCCUCUCCCCCGUUUCUUCCUCGGCAGAUGUUGCUCGUCUGCACAGCAGCAGUAGGCUGGGGAGGCUACCAGUACAAGCAAGCUCUAUCUCUCGAGCUUCGGCUCUCAGAACUGCAUCGCAAACACUCACCACGCUCCCACUUCCCUCCCCCCCCCCACUACUCCCACUUCCCCCACUCUCCCCGUCCCCACCCCAGCUUCGGCUCUCAGAACUGCAGCGCAAGCACUCGCGCCUUGCUUCCAAACUGUCAGAUGACGUUCCUGCUGGCGUCAGCGGGAUCACCCCCAGCAGCAGCAGCAGCAGCAGCAGCAGCAGCAGCAGAUGCGAAGUAGAAGGAGAAGAUGGGGCAGUGGAAGGUACCUGCCCCCCCUUCCCCACAGAAAGCUCUGAAGACGACAGAAUCGGGUGGAGAGAGGAGAGUGAGAGAGAGGAGAGCAAGCGAGAGCAUAGGAGCACCAAGGAGAAGUCGAAGGACAAGGCCAAGGAGGAGGAAGAGGAGGAGGAGGAGGUGAAGGAGGAUCAGGAGCUAUUCUGGCGCAGGGUGGCGCUCCUAGCAUCAAUCCUCUGCCUCGUCCUCCCCAUCUUCAUCAUCCGGAAUAUUGAUGAAGUGGCUCAGCUCUUCGGAAGGCGCCCCAAGGCGACAGACGGCCAUACGGCCGCCGCUGCCUCUUCCUCCUCGUCAUCAUCCGCCUCUGCUGCGGCGGCGGCUGCUGCUGCUGCUGGUGCGGCUCCUUCAGCGGCGCCUGGGGCGGACGAGGAGGUGUCGAUGAGCAAGCGGCUGGCGUAUAAGGUCGAUGUGCUCUUCUCCAUGCACUCCUGGGUCAAGGGCGCGGCUCUCCUCGCAGCCACGCUGCUGCUCAUCGCCCUGGGAGGCCUCGCCCUGUACGCCGUCGGAUCGAAAGACCGGAUGGAUCUGGGCGACGCCACGUGGCGGGCGUGGUCCUACGUGGCAGACGCAGGCAACCACGCGGACAGCGAGGGCGUGGGGCCGAGAAUCGUGGGCGUGAGCAUCAGCAUUGGCGGGAUGCUGAUAUUCGCGCUGAUGGUGGGGCUGGUGUCGGAGGGCAUCUCGGAGAAGGUGGACUCGCUGAAGAAAGGCAAGAGCGACGUGAUUGAGAAGAACCACACGCUCAUCCUCGGCUGGAGCGACAAGCUGGCAUCGCUGCUGAAGCAGCUGGCAGUGGCGAAUGAGAGCAUGGGAGGGGGCGUGGUGGUGGUGAUGAGCGAGAGGGAGAAGGAGGAGAUGGAGAGCGAGAUUCAGAAGAUGGAGUUCAAUUUCCACGGCACCACUGUCAUCUGCCGCUCCGGCUCGCCCCUGGUGUUGGCCGAUCUCAAGAAGGUGUCCGUAUCAACAGCCCGGGCUCUCAUUGUUCUGGCUGAGGCAGAGAACGCGGAUGCUGCAGACGCCAGGGCGCUGAGGGUGGUGCUGAGCCUGACGGGCGUGAGGGAGGGGCUGCGGGGCCACAUUGUGGUGGAGCUGAGCGAUAUUGACAACCAGCAGCUGGUCAAGGUGAGGAGGGAUGUAGUGCGCCUGACGGGCGUGAGGGAGGGGCUGCGGGGCCACAUUGUGGUGGAGCUGAGCGAUAUUGACAACCAGCAGCUGGUGAAGGUGAGGAGGGGUGUAGUGCGACGGUGGGGGCGCAUGGUGGAGACGGUGGGGGCGCAUGGUGGAAACAGUGGUGGCGCAUGGUGGAAACAGUGGUGGCGCAUGGUGGAGACGGUGGGGGCGCACGACGUGAUCGGCCGGCUCAUGAUUCAGUGCGCCCGCCAGCCCGGCUUGGCAGUGCUGCACCGUUGCUUUUCCUUCAACCAGUCAGGGCACAAACCCGCUCCUUCCUCUCCCCGAUCCAUCUCUCUCCUGCUCUCCUCCUCCCCUCCCAUGCGCCCUCCACCCUUCCGCCCUAACUGCGCACAGAUGGUGGGGGGGAGCAUGGUGGAAAUAGUGGUGGCUCACGACGUGAUCGGCCGCCUCAUGAUUCAGACGUACUAUGAGAAGAGCACGGAGGCGGUGGGGUUUGAGUUUGCUGGCGGGAGCAGUAUCGGUGGGAGUGAGGAUGAGGAGGAGGAAGGGGAGGAGGGGGAGGGAGGAGCGGAGGGCGAAGCAAGUGCUUUGAGGGAGGAGGGUGAAAAGGCCCGGGAGGGCGAGGUGAAGAGGGUGCAUAAGGAGCACACGCGGCUGUGGCUCAACCCGGACGAUGACUAUGUGCUGCAGGUGGGUGCUGCUUCUGUCUCACGUGUGAGUGGUCUCUGUGCUUCAGGUAGCUCAGGUAGGUGCUCUCUGCUUCAGGUGCUUCAGGUGCUUCAGCCUGAGGACUCUGUGCUUGUGAUCGCUGAGGAUGACGACUCGUAUGCCCCCGGCCCGCUGCCCGUGGUGCAAGACGCCCCGCUGCCCGACAUCGAAACGCCGCCGAAGCUGCCCGAAAAAAUCCUGUUCUGCGGCUGGCGGCGCGAUAUUGACGAUAUGAUCACGGUGCUAGAGGCGUUCUUAGCGCGGGGAUCGGAGCUGUGGAUCUUCUCAGACGUGCCCGUGGAGGAGCGAGAGGCGCGCCUCAUAGAGGGCGGGCUGAACCCCAGCGAGCUGGAGAACGUGACGCUCGUGCACCGCAUGGGCAACGCCGUUAUCCGCAGGCACCUCGAGUUCCUGCCCCUCGAAACCUUCGACUCGAUCCUCAUCCUCGCGGACGAGGGCUUGGAGGACUCGAUUAUCAACUGCGACUCGCGCUCCCUCGCCACGCUGCUGCUCAUCAGAGACAUCCAGUCCAAGCGCAUGCCGGCGGGCAGCAAGGGCCACCGCCGCAGCAACUCGAGCAUAACCUACCCGCGCCCGACCUCCACGUCCUCGUGGGUGGGGCAGAUGCAGCAGGCGUCGCAGCAGUCCAUCGUCAUCUCGGAGAUCCUCGACUCGCGCACGCGCUCCCUUGUUUCGGUGUCUAAAAUCAGCGACUAUGUUCUCAGUAAUGAGCUGGUCUCUAUGGCGCUAGCAAUGGUGGCGGAGGACAGGGAGGUCAACCGCGUUUUGGAAGAGCUGUUUUCAGAAGAGGGCAGCGAGAUGUACAUCCGCCCAGCAGAGCUCUACCUCACAGAUGGCGAGGAGCUGUCGUUCCGUCGCACCUCAGUACCCCUCAACACCCCUCUGCACCCCUCCCUCCCCCUUCCCCCGCAGGGCAACGAAAUGUACAUUCGCCCAGCCGAGCUCUACCUGACAGACGGAGAGGAGCUGUCGUUCUUUGAAGUGGCAGUGAGGGCCCGCCAGCGCAUGGAGAUCAUCAUUGGAUACCGGCUCUUCACAGAGGACGAGGCAGUUCUGAACCCGCCUGACAAGGCCGAGAAACGCGAGUGGUCGAUCCAAGACACGUUUAUUGUUCUCUCGUUCAACGAGUAG